AUGGGGAAUCGGGGAAUGGAGGAUUUGAUUCCUCUAGUAAACAAGCUCCAGGAUGCCUUCUCCGCUAUCGGACAAAAUGCAAACCUGGACCUGCCUCAAAUUGCUGUGGUCGGCGGCCAAAGCGCAGGGAAAAGCUCGGUGUUGGAGAACUUCGUCGGGAAGGACUUUUUGCCCCGUGGCUCUGGAAUUGUGACUCGUCGCCCCCUGGUGUUGCAGCUGAUCAACUGCCCCACAGAAUAUGCGGAGUUCCUCCACUGCAAAGGGAAGAAGUUCACGGAUUUUGACGAAGUUCGUCAGGAGAUCGAGGCUGAGACUGACCGCCUCACUGGGCAGAAUAAAGGCAUUUCGCCGGUGCCCAUCAACUUAAGAGUGUAUUCUCCUCACGUUCUGAACCUAACUCUUGUGGACCUGCCUGGUAUGACCAAGGUGCCCGUAGGCGAUCAGCCUGCAGACAUUGAGUCUCAGAUCAGGGACAUGCUAAUGCAGUUUGUGACUAAGGAGAACUGCCUCCUGCUGGCCGUCUCUCCUGCCAACUCAGAUCUUGCCAACUCAGACGCCCUGAAGAUUGCCAAAGAAGUGGAUCCUCAAGGUCUGAGAACCAUCGGCGUGAUUACUAAACUGGAUCUAAUGGACGAGGGUACUGAUGCUCGAGAUAUCUUGGAGAACAAGCUGCUUCCUUUGCGUAGAGGUUACAUUGGGGUCGUGAACCGCAGCCAGAAAGAUAUUGAUGGGAAGAAGGACAUCACUGCUGCCAUGGCAGCCGAGAGGAAGUUCUUCCUCAGUCAUCCGGCUUAUCGGCAUCUGGCUGACCGUAUGGGCACACCCUACCUACAGAAAGUUCUCAAUCAGCAACUGACCAAUCACAUCCGUGAUACGUUGCCGGGGCUACGGAAUAAACUCCAGAGCCAGCUGCUGUCCAUUGAGAAGGAGGUGGAGGAGUAUAAGAACUUCCGUCCGGAUGACCCAUCUCGCAAGACCAAAGCUCUGCUGCAGAUGGUCCAGCAGUUCGCGGUGGAUUUCGAGAAGUGCAUCGAAGGGUCUGGUGACCAGAUCGAUACGUACGAACUGUCUGGAGGUGCGAAGAUCAACCGCAUCUUCCAUGAACGUUUCCCGUUUGAGCUUGUCAAGAUGGAGUUUGACGAGAAGGAGCUUCGCAAGGAGAUCAGUUAUGCCAUAAAGAACAUCCACGGUAUCAGGACUGGCCUGUUCACCCCUGACAUGGCAUUUGAGACCAUAGUGAAGAGGCAAAUCGCUAAGAUUAAAGAGCCAUGUCAGAAAUGUGUGGAUAUGGUCAUCUCUGAGCUAGUCAACACAGUCAGGCAGUGCACCAAGAAGCUGGCCCAGUACCCGAUGCUGAGAGAGGAGAUGGAGAGAAUUGUGACCCAGCACAUCCGUGAUCGCGAGAGCCGCACCAAAAACCAGGUGAUGCUGCUGAUUGACAUUGAAUUGGCCUACAUGAACACUAACCACGAGGACUUCAUUGGUUUUGCCAAUGCCCAACAGAGGAGCAGUCAGAUGAGUAAGAAAAAAGCAUCGGGCAACCAGGAUGAGAUAAUGGUGAUCAGGAAAGGGUGGCUGACCAUUAACAACAUUGGCAUAAUGAAGGGGGGAGCUAAGGAGUACUGGUUUGUUCUGACUGCUGAGACCCUGUCCUGGUAUAAGGAUGACGAGGAGAAAGAGAAGAAGUACAUGCUACCUGUGGACAACCUGAAGCUCAGGGACAUUGAGAAGAGCUUCAUGUCUAGCAAGCACAUUUUUGCCCUCUUUAAUACUGAGCAGAGGAAUGUGUAUAAGGAUUACAGGCAGCUGGAGUUGGCCUGUGAGACUCAGGAGGAAGUGGACAGCUGGAAAGCCUCUUUCCUGCGAGCGGGCGUUUACCCAGAACGCACCAUGGACAAGGAGAAGCAAAACGAUGCCAGUGAGGAGAAUGGUUCGGACGGAUUCAUGCAUUCCAUGGAUCCACAGCUGGAGAGGCAGGUGGAGACAAUCCGGAACCUGGUGGACUCCUACAUGGGCAUUGUUAACAAGACCGUGCGUGACCUCAUGCCCAAGACCAUCAUGCAUCUCAUGAUCAACAACACUAAGGAGUUCAUCCAUGCAGAGUUGCUGGCCCACCUGUAUUCAUGCGGCGACCAGAACACGCUGAUGGAGGAGUCGGCCGAGCAGGCCCAGCACAGGGAUGAGAUGCUGCGCAUGUACCACGCCCUCCGCGAGGCUCUCAGCAUCAUCGGUGACAUCAGCACGACCACCGUUUCCACGGCGCUGCCACCACCCGUCGACGACUCUUGGCUUCAGGUGCAGGGAGGCCCCUCCGGGCGCAGGUCCCCGAUGUCCAGUCCCACACCUCAGCGUCGUGCUCCUCCCGGCCCUCCUCGUCCCGGAGGCCGCAGCGCAGCUCCUGGGCCCCCUGCCGCCGGAGCUCCUCCGGUACCCUCAAGACCAGGGGCAUCCCCAGACCCUCACGGGGGACCCCCUCCCCAGGUCCCUUCCCGACCCAACCGUGCUCCCCCCGGUGUGCCCAGUCGCCCAAGCAAAGGCAGCCCCUCUCACAGCGAGAGUCCACAUCCCUCGUUCGACUCUUAA